UAGGUCUGAUGGCGUUUGAGACGGGAGCGAAGAAGGCGGAGAAGAGGAAGAAGGUGAAAGGUGGAGAUGCGUCGGACAUGGACAGCUUCCUCGGUCCUUGGGCCAAAUACCAGGAUGAGAAAGACGUGGCCAAACCCUCAGAGACUCUGGUCUCCUGUCUGCAGGGCGUCAGCGCCAUCCGUCUGUUCCCGGUGUCUGCUCAUCUCCUGCUCUCCUGCUCCAUGGACUGUAAGAUCAAGUUGUGGGAGGUUUAUAAUGACAGGAGAUGUGCGCGGACGUUUAUUGGUCACAGUAAAGCCGUGCGUGACGUUUGCUUCAACAACACUGGCACACAGUUCCUGAGCGCCGCUUACGACAGAUAUCUCAAACUCUGGGACUCCGAGACGGGUCAGUGCAUCGCCCGCUUCACCAACAGGAAGGUUCCCUACUGCGUGAAGUUCAACCCGGAUGAGGACAAACAAAGCCUGUUUGUUGCUGGGAUGUCAGACAAGAAGAUCGUCCAGUGGGAUAUCCGCUCCGGCGAGGUUGUUCAGGAGUACGACAGACACCUCGGCGCCGUCAACACCAUCACCUUCGUGGAUGAGAACCGGCGCUUCGUUAGCACCUCCGACGACAAGAGCCUGCGCGUCUGGGAGUGGGAUAUUCCUGUGGACUUCAAGUACAUCGCUGAGCCCAGUAUGCACUCGAUGCCUGCGGUCACGCUCUCGCCCAACGGUAAGUGGCUGGCCUGUCAGUCCAUGGACAAUCAGAUCCUGAUCUUCGGAGCGCAGAACAGAUUCCGGCUCAACAAGAAGAAGAUCUUCAAGGGUCACAUGGUGGCGGGAUACGCCUGUCAGGUGGACUUCUCUCCGGACAUGAGUUACGUGGUCUCCGGAGAUGCCGACGGGAAGCUGAAUAUCUGGGACUGGAAGACGACGAAGCUCUAUCAUCGGAUCAAGGCGCAUGACAAGGUGUGCAUCAGCGCGCUCUGGCAUCCUCACGAGACGUCGAAGGUGAUCACCUGCGGCUGGGACGGACAGAUCAAGCUCUGGGACUGACCUGAACCUCAGCUUUUAACACUGAUGUGAGAGGAUUAUUAUUAUUACAGGGCUGGUAUCCAGUCAUAAACACACACACACACACACCAGAGACUUCAGCUCAUGCGUUUUGUUUUAUAAUGAAUGAACCUGUAUCUCCAGUGUCUCGCAUUUCUGUCUUUUUGUGGAUAAUAAAUGUCUCUUGUUUAUUUCUGCGGUCUGUGAA